AUGGAAAACUGGAAAAACAUACCGUUGUCCAAAGAGGAGGAAGAGGGAGUCACGGCGGCAGAAGAUGAGGUUAGUGGUGACGAAAUCUUCCAGAGAACACUUGCUGGGAAACUCUGGACAGAUAGUAAUUUCAACUCUAGGGCAUUUAUAAGCACAAUGAUUAGUGCCUGGAAACUCAAGAACCCAGUGGAAUCGCAAGAGCUCAACAAGAAUUUAUUCCUCUUCCGUUUUGCUACAAAGAGAGAUCUUGAGACAGUCUUGAGGAAUGGACCUUGGAGCUUCGAUCGAAACUUACUGGUCCUCGUUCGUAUCUCUGGGGAAGAACAACCCUCAGCGCUAAAUAUGCACUUUGGGGUGUUCUGGGUCCGAAUCUACGAGCUCCCCCUGAUCCUCAGAACGGAGGCAAUGGCUAAGAAGAUUGGAGGAAUUAUUGGCACGUUUGAGGAGAUGGACCAGAAAGAAGCACACAAAAAUGGACGCUUUCUGCGCGUUAAAGUGACGAUGGAUCUGAAGCAACCAUUGAAAAGAGGCACGGUGGUUAAAUUCAAAGAGAAAGUACUUAGGGUGCAUUUCAAAUACGAGCGCCUACCCACCUUCUGCUUCGUGUGUGGCAGGAUUGGACACCAGAUCAAAGAUUGCGAAGCGCUGGGUGACAUCAGUGAAGAGGGAUUUGAAGAUAUCGAAGAACAGGACUUAUCCUUUGGGCUUUGGCUCAGAGCUUCCCCGCUUCCAAGAGUCGUGGAUGAACCGCAAAGGAGAGAUUCAAGUUCAGGAACAUGUGGAAGGAGCCUCUUCAACAUUUCAUCCAGUCAAAGCAAGUGUGGUUCAAAGGGGAAAGAGAAGGAAGAUGAUAUUGAGGUGGAGCAAAGACCAGUCUUGGCCAAGAGAUCUGUGGAGGAAGGAAAGGAGAUUGAGAACUCGAAACAAAACUGCAACCUUGCGAUUGAAUCAGUUGCUGAGUCUCUAGGGGCUGUUGAUAUCUCAAAACCGUCAGCGGCUACAGGGGACAUCCAACAGGGGAACAGUAAAAAGAAAAGGUGGGUCAGGCGAAAAUCUGUGAAGAAGGUUGUCCAGGAGGAAAUUAAUAGCAGAGAGUCUGCCAAGCGCCAACUCAUUGAUGUGAUGAUCACUGAGGGAUCCUUGGAUGGCUGUGGAGAAAAGAAACAGAAACAAGAGGCGGACUACAAACCUGAUACAAUCAAUGGACCAGAGGUAGUGUUGGGAAACCAACACUGCCUACCCCAAUGA